GAUCAAACUGCGUUUCUGAAAAAAACAACAGUUGAACGCCAUCGAACGAAACAGCUUGUGUGUCGGUCUUGUUGUAAACGUUUGAAUAUCAGACAUGGCACGUACUAAGCAGACUGCUCGUAAAUCAACUGGAGGUAAAGCUCCCAGGAAACAACUUGCAACCAAGGCAGCUCGUAAAAGUGCACCUUCUACUGGUGGUGUAAAAAAGCCGCAUCGUUACAGGCCCGGUACCGUAGCGCUCAGAGAAAUCAGAAGAUACCAAAAAUCGACUGAGUUACUUAUCAGAAAAUUACCAUUCCAACGUUUGGUUCGUGAAAUUGCACAGGAUUUCAAGACAGACUUACGUUUCCAAAGUGCUGCGAUUGGAGCAUUGCAGGAAGCUUCUGAAGCUUACUUGGUUGGACUGUUCGAAGAUACAAACUUGUGUGCAAUUCAUGCUAAACGCGUUACAAUAAUGCCUAAAGAUAUUCAGUUAGCGAGAAGAAUUCGUGGUGAACGUGCUUAAACAGUUUAUAUUUCUUUAAAUUGUUUCUCUAUUCAAGUUCAUUUUGUCAUCACAUUUUUAAAUGUCUUCAUGAAUAAUUAAAUUCGUCAUGUUUGAGUUUUUUCCAUGAGUCAUUAUUAUAGUUGACACUGCCAGGCUUUAGAGCUAUAAGAUGCAGGAGAUAAAGUAUAUGUAUUAAUCAUAUCUAGUAGCUUAGUUGAAUUACAGUUAUCACUUGAUGGUAGGAAAAUAUACAGAAAGCACCAAGCAGAGUAUGUAGAUCAUAACAAAUAGUGAAUGUCACUGUGCAUAAUUAUUUUAAUAUUAUAUACUGCACUAAGUAAACUUAACAAUGCAUAAGCAAUACUACAAUGUAGAUUUAAUAUUUUGCAAAAAAGCCAGUUACAUACCAUUGACUCUACUUCAUAAUUCAACUUUUAAAUACAAUUUUCUACGCAUCAAACUUAGGAUAGAUUAAUUUUAAAAUAUACUGUAAAAUGACCUUUACAUGCAAUUACAUAUAGGUAAUAUUGUAGUACUGUAUGAAGAAAAUCUGUAGAAAAUUAAAGUAUUACUGAAUUAUCUACUAGGAAAGCCAUAAA